GAGGGGGAAAGACCACGGCUGCCCCCCCGGGGUCUGCUUGCGGGGGGAACAGAGCGGAGCCCCGCCGCUUCGAAUCGGAGCCUCCUCCCCAUCCGCUCGGAGCCGGGGCCCUCUGCCAGGGCAGCGAAGUCCCGAGAAGAAGCGCCAAAAGAGCGUUGGUGGAAAGAAACCUGGCGAGCAGGCUGGCAGAAAGGAGCUUUGACAGAACAAGAGAGGGUAGCCACAAGGCACCUCCCGUCCCAAGCCAAAGGUCUGGGCUGGCCGAGAGACUCCGGAUCGCGGGGUGGGUAAGGCCGGGCGAGAAAAGGGGGACCCGGAAUGCCUGCGUUGGGCUAUGAGAACUCUCUCCGAGGAUUGCGUUAGGAGCCCAGACAACAGGCUGGCUGGGCGGCCGGCUGGCAGGUUCCCGUCUCGCGGAGGCGCUGUAGAAAGGCUGCUGCUGCUAGCGAGAUCCCAGUGAGUGGAUCGUGGAUCCCUUUCAGGGAUCCCAUAACAACAUAUAUGUCUGAGCGAGAAGGAGAAAGGGGCGCAGCAAGAAAAGAGCGAUCGGAGGAGGACUUUUCCAGGAUCUCAUCACCGUCACAGAUUUAAGCGAUCCUUCUCGCUUUUCUUCUUCCUAGAGAGAUCCUGCCGCGCUGACGGAGCAUCCAGACCGCACCAGCCAGACUCCCUCACCCCUUUUCAUGUGGAGCUGCCUGCCCUUUCAUACACUGAGACCUGCGGCCUUUCUUGUCCCCUGGAAUAUUUGUGGUGAUAACUCUGGUUUAUGGAAGAUGCUGGAAGUGCUGGAGAAGCUAAAUGGAUCCUAACGCCAUCAGGAGAAUGAAGGAACAAUCAAUGAUAAUGGUUUGGCUAUGGAUAAUGUGCCUCCUUGGCCUAGCAUCUUCUCUAGAAGAAAUCCUUUUGGAUACAACAGGAGAGACCUCGGAGAUUGGAUGGACUGCCCAUCCUCCUGAUGGGUGGGAUGAGGUGAGUGUCUUGGAUGACAGGAAGCAUCUGAUUCGAACAUUUGAGGUGUGCAACGUUGCUGAGCCGGGACAGAAUAAUUGGCUGCGUACUCAUUUCAUAGAACGCCGUGGAGCCCACAGGGUUCACAUCCGCCUCCGCUUCUCUGUUCGUGACUGUGCCAGCAUGAGGACUGUGGCCUCUUCCUGCAAAGAGACCUUCACCCUUUACUAUCAUGAAUCGGAGGCUGACGUAGCCACUCCCGAGCAUCCCGAAUGGCACGAGGGCCCCUGGACCAAAGUGGAUACAAUCGCCGCUGAUGAGAGCUUCUCUCAGGUGGACAGCUCUGGGAAGGUGGUGAAGAUGAACGUCAAGGUGCGAAGUUUUGGGCCACUGGCCAAGAAGGGUUUCUACCUGGCUUUUCAGGACUCUGGGGCGUGCAUGUCUCUGGUGGCUGUCCAGGUUUUCUUCUACAAAUGCCCUGCAGUGGUGAAGGGUUUCGCCUCUUUCCCAGAGACCUUCGCUGGAGGUGAAAGGACUUCUUUGGUGGAGGCUCCAGGAACUUGUGUGGCUGACGCUGAAGAAGCCAGCAGCACUGGCUCCUCUGGAGUGAAGUUGCACUGCAAUGGGGAAGGCGAGUGGAUGGUGGCGAUUGGAAGAUGCGCCUGCCGUGCUGGCUAUGAGCCUAUGGACAGUGAGAGAACCUGCAAAGCUUGUCCCAGGGGCACCUUCAAAGCAUCGGCGGGAGAUGCGCCCUGCAGUCCUUGCCCUACCCACAGCUAUGCUUCCAUCCCGGGCUCCCGUGAAUGUGCCUGCCAGACUCACUAUUACCGUGCUUCUUCAGACAUCUCAGAUGCCCCCUGUACUAGCAUCCCAUCAGCCCCUCGGGACCUCAGCUAUGAAAUUAUUGGAUCUAAUGUCCUUCUGACCUGGCGUCUCCCAAAGGAUCUGGGUGGUCGAAAGGAUGUUUUCUUCAAUGUCAUCUGUAAAGUGUGCCCAACUGGCUCUCCAGGACCUUGUGUCCGUUGUGGGGACAGUGUUCAGUUUGAGCCCCGGCAGGUGGGGCUAACCGAGAGCCGGGUGCAAGUGUCCAACCUCCUGGCCCGUGUUCAGUACACCUUUGAGAUCCAGGCAGUCAAUCUCGUGACUGAGCUGAGCCCAGAUUCUCCACAUUAUGCUGCCAUCAAUGUCAGCACCAGCCAGUCAG